CAUUACUGUCCUGGCUCCAUUCCUGCUUUGGAUUCCUUUAACAGUGAAGCCAAUCACAGCCCAGGCUCUCUAAGCCCAGGAUGCCCAGGCAGAAACCGCUUAGCAAUGGGCAUCAUGGUUCCGAUUUCUAAUUCUUUUCCAGAUUAUUUUUCAAAAGAGAAAACAAAAAGUUCCCAUUUUUGGUAAAUCUUGCUUAACUAACGACCCAGCCUCCCUGUUUGCUUAGCUUUCACGUUCAGGAAGCUUCGAGACUCCGAUUUUGAUUUCGGAGUUCAGGCAUGUUAAUGAAGUCUUUGUAUGAAAGCCGAGGGGUUCUGUUUCUUGUUUGUUAGUUUAAUGAGAUUUUGUGUUAAGAAAGGCACCAUGAAUCUGUCAGCAUUAGCUUGGCUGCAUGUGUGUAGCUCAGCAGCUUGGAGACCCUUGAAAUGUCUGUUUUUAGGACAGCAGCGGGGGGCUAAUGAAAAGGCUUUGUUGAUUUUAACGAAUUGCAAGCCACUGUAGCCAAAAUAAAUAUAAUCUGCUUUUUGGAUUAGUUGUCACAGAUGAUUUUGCCUACUAACAGUGAUUAAAGAAUGCGUGUGGACCAGAAGCCUAGCCAUUCUCCAGUGACUUUGGCUAAAACAGCAAUAAACAGAAGUAAAUAAAGACUUAGGGUAUUAGUUAUCUUUAAUAAACAGCGACACCAAAUGUACAGUGUGUAGGCGUGAAGGGAGCGAGGGCUGUCAAAUACCUGUGCGGCACACGUGACUUCAGCUCUUGCUGCCACAAAACACAAAGCACCAACAAGAAGAAACACUUGCUUCUGAGAACCUAGAGUGGGGCCUGGCUGGUGCCGUCAGUGCUGGGGUAGCUGUACCUAUGUGUGGGCUGGGUGGAAGCCCACCGUCAGCCCUGGUUCUCAGGGACUCUCAGUGCCAGUUGGGCUCAUCACCAUUCUGUUCUCAUCUUCUCCUGGACUUGGGGACCAAAGUUGAAAUCCUGCAACUAUAGGAUUAGAGUCCAAAUCUGACGGCAGUGUUAAUUACUUGUGUAAUUAUUAACCUCCUUGCCUGGUAAUUCUUCCCAGCUAAUGAGCAGGACAGUGGAGCUGCCUCCGUCCCACUGUAUCCCCACUGCAAUGAAAAGACUUGCCCAGCAAGCAAGCCCCAUCCUUCCAUUUCUCCAGGGAAUUCUGUGAAGGGGUUUCCCUUCAAUGCUAUUUAACUAUGUCCCAAAGAACGAAGGAUUGUGGCUGAAACCCUCCUUAGCAGGGUAGAGCUCCUGUCUCCUUAUAGAUUCUGCUCCAGUAGAAAAUGCUAAAGCAAUACACACAAUAAAUUUGAAAAUAAUAAGUCACUUGUGUGGUCAAACACACAAAAAACAAAACAGAAACUAACGAAAAACAAUCAAACAACAACAACAAACCACUCCAAAGCAGAGAUGCUGUGAUGACUCCUAUUGCUUCUAACUGCAGCAAAUGCUUUAAAGCAUCCUUGGGGUACUUCAUCUCUGAUGGCAAAUUACAAACCAUCCUUGGCUUCUUGCCCUCCUGCCAGGCUAGUAUGGAUAUACUUGUUGACAGAUGCAGAGCCAGGUGCGUUCAAAGCAUGGGAAGGGAUCAUGGAGCCGUCCAGCAACUGAGCAGUGGCUUUCUAGUCUCGUGUGUUAGCAAAGCAGACUGUAUCUUGCCAGUUACUAGAAGAUGCUGUGGGAGGUUCCAGGUGAGACUCGAACCUGCGCUGCUGCCAACCUCUGAGAUGCUUGUGGUUUUUAUGGCUGCAUGCGGCUUCCACGGCACUGGGGAUGCAGCCACUGAGGUGUGUGUGACUGUAUGCUCUAUGCUCCAUUUGUGAAGCAGGGUGAUAGCACUUAGGACUUAGGGUUUCCGCUAUCCGUGAUAGAAAUAAUAUCACUUUUCUACCGCUGACUUCCUAGGUUUUCCUGUGUCCCUAUGGAUGAAACAGAAAAUGGGCUAGGUCUCCUAUAUACUUAACUUAUUUAUCUGGGUCACCCCUUUCUUCUUGCAUUCAGCAUCUGUGAGGAGUGAGGCGUCCAUGGCCUUGACCUCUCCCUCCCUGUUCAGCAGGUCCUAAGCCUUGACCUCUCCAGGGCAGGUCCUGGGCAGAUGGCCAAGUGUCUGCCAGGUGCGACUGAAACCCAGAAACUGAUACCACUUUGCACAGAGAAAGCCCGGAGGAAUCCCCUUAGAGUCCAUUCAUCUUUAGAAUUUAUUUCCCAAAUCCUGUAAAUUCCCACAAGGUGACAAGAUGGGUCUAUUCUACACUGGCAAUGGUCUAGUCUCUUGUAUUUCCUUCAUAGUAAAUUUGAAAAGUUCGUGAUAUAUUCUCAAGGAAUACUUAUCAUGACCCCAGAGGUCAUGUCCAGGUGGGUAAACACAAGAAUACAUUUGUACAUAUGGACAGAUAUACAUACGUGUUCAUGGCAUACAGCCAGAGUCUGGCUCUCUGGGUCUUCUGGGUACAUCUGCUCUAAGUUGGCUAUCUUGAUCAACUCUGUUUGUGAGAAUUUAAACAUUAUGUUCUGGUUUGUGAUGAGCCAUGGCUGGCUGAGAUCAAUAUCAAGUUCUGCCUAAAUUCUUUCAAAUGAAGCAAACACCAAGCUGUCAGGCAUGCUCACACUGGUGUCUCCCUCUCUAAUAACCUUGGAUUUCAACCUUGCGUUUUCCAUGAAGGAAGCACUCCCCUGCGGAGCGAUGAUAUUCAAGUUUAGCUUGUUUCUGCAAACGUUUUUUUUUUUCUAAUAUACAUCUAAAUUUCUCAUAUGCUACAUGGACCUACCUUCCUACAUUUCUUUAGGGCUUAUGUGGCAUCUGCCGUCAUUUCUAUGAAUAACAUAACAACGUGUAGGGAUACUCAGUCAUAGACUUAUUAGAAUAAAAUUUAAUACAGAUGCUGUGUUCAUUUUCCAUGGAAGUCUGACUUGGGUGUCUGGCAUUUUGAAAUAAGAGGAAGUAAUUAUCUUGUUAUACUACCAUACCCUGACAGGUGGGAUGGACCUGAGCAAAAGCUGGGUUCUGCUUAAAAUUCAAAUUAACACCCAGGUCAUCUCUGUGCUUCUACGGAAACAUGAUAUUCCUUCUCUCUGCAAGACUAAUUCUCAAGUGGAAUGUGAGUUACUCUUGUCUGACUUCUCCAGAAGAAACCUGGCUAUGCCGUUCUGAGCCCCUCUUUGUUGCCUACCCUUUGCAUUCUUUAAGAGAGGAAUAAAAAGAGUGUGUUCUGUGUUGGUAAGUUAUUAAAGAAGAGGGCUGUUUACCAGGAAACGUCCUUAACCCGGCACGUGGUUUAUACUAGUUGGUAUUUAAAUACCAGCUAUUGUGCAGCUGACCCUGAAUGUUCUAGCUGUGUGGUUAGAGUCUUCACCAAUGCCUUUGCAAAAGAACUUUUCUCAGCUCAGACCCUGAAGUACUGUUUCUUAAAGCGUCUUAGCACUUUGACAAAUUUCAGUGCCCGGUGAAUUUUCUCCUUAAAGGAUGGACUAGAAGCCUUGGAUCAGCAGGCUUCUCUGCAGAAUGUCAAACAAAGAUCGACACAUUGAUUCCAGCUGUUCGUCCUUCAUCAAGACGGAACCCUCCAGCCCAGCCUCCCUGACGGACAGCGUCAACCACCACAGCCCUGGUGGGUCUUCCGACGCCAGUGGGAGUUACAGUUCAACCAUGAAUGGCCAUCAGAACGGACUGGACUCGCCACCUCUCUACCCCUCUGCUCCGAUCCUGGGAGGCAGCGGGCCUGUCCGGAAACUGUAUGAUGACUGCUCCAGCACCAUCGUAGAGGAUCCCCAGACCAAGUGUGAAUAUAUGCUCAACUCCAUGCCCAAGAGACUGUGCUUAGUGUGUGGCGACAUCGCCUCUGGGUACCACUAUGGGGUUGCAUCAUGUGAAGCCUGCAAGGCAUUCUUCAAGAGGACAAUUCAAGGUAACAUAGAGUACAGCUGCCCAGCCACCAAUGAAUGUGAGAUCACAAAGCGCAGACGCAAAUCCUGCCAGGCCUGCCGCUUCAUGAAGUGUCUCAAAGUGGGCAUGCUGAAAGAAGGGGUCCGUCUUGACAGAGUGCGUGGAGGUCGGCAGAAGUACAAGCGCAGAAUAGAUGCUGAGAACAGCCCAUACCUGAACCCUCAGCUGGUGCAGCCAGCCAAAAAGCCAUAUAACAAGAUUGUCUCGCAUUUGUUGGUGGCUGAACCAGAGAAGAUCUAUGCCAUGCCUGACCCUACUGUCCCCGACAGUGACAUCAAAGCCCUCACCACACUCUGUGACUUGGCUGAUCGAGAGUUGGUGGUUAUCAUUGGAUGGGCAAAACAUAUUCCAGGCUUCUCCACACUGUCCCUGGCAGACCAGAUGAGCCUCCUCCAGAGUGCAUGGAUGGAGAUUCUGAUCCUCGGCGUUGUGUACCGAUCGCUUUCGUUUGAGGAUGAACUUGUCUAUGCAGACGAUUAUAUAAUGGAUGAAGACCAGUCCAAAUUAGCAGGCCUUCUUGACCUAAAUAAUGCUAUCCUGCAGCUGGUGAAGAAGUACAAGAGCAUGAAGCUAGAGAAGGAAGAAUUCGUCACCCUCAAAGCAAUAGCUCUUGCUAAUUCAGAUUCCAUGCAUAUAGAAGAUGUGGAAGCUGUGCAGAAACUUCAGGAUGUGUUACAUGAGGCCCUGCAGGAUUACGAGGCUGGCCAGCACAUGGAAGACCCUCGCCGUGCAGGCAAGAUGCUGAUGACGCUGCCGCUGCUGAGGCAGACCUCCACCAAGGCAGUCCAGCACUUCUACAACAUCAAACUCGAAGGCAAAGUGCCCAUGCACAAACUUUUUUUGGAAAUGCUGGAGGCCAAGGUCUGACUAAAAGCCCCCCCUGGGCCCUCCCAUCCUGCACGUUGAAAAGGGAAGAUAAACCCAAGAAUGAUGUCGAAGAAUCUUAGAGUUUAGUGAACAACAUUAAAAAUCAAGACUGCACUGAUAUUUUAGCAGCCACAGUACGAUGCAGCCUGCGGAUUCCGCCACAUCUUCCUGAUAGGUUUCCUCUACUUCAUCCCACCAUCCUCUGGCCACAUCCCUGCGAUCCUCCACUCUUCCUUGUUCUAUUAUUAUGUUUGGCUUCUUUCACUAAUAGUUCAUUUUCCCUCCUCCCCUCCUUCCCUCCUUUCUCUUCCCCCUCCCUCCUCUGUCUCCCCCUUCCUUCCUUUCUCUUCCUUUCCACAAUCUCCUCCUCUUGCCUUGCUCUCCCCUCUCUUCGCUUUCUCACAUCUCCUCCCACUCUGCAUACAUAGUCAAUACCUCUGAUUGUAUGGAACAUUUCUUUUACCUCUUGCAUCUCUUCUCCAUCUCUUCCUUCCCCAUUAUUUUUUGUUUGUUUCCUUUCCUUCCUUCUGCUGCUGAACUCUUAAAAGCAGUCUCUAACUGGAGAGAGAGAAAGAGAGAGAGAGAUGGAAGCCAGCCCUGCCAAAGGACAGAGAUCCAUACUAUGGAUGCCAGUGAACUUGUCAUGAACCAUGACAUCCCCGGUGAGUAAGGAAUCAAAGAGAGAACCGUACCUAAAGUACAGUGCAACGCAAACGGAUCGACUUAGUGCAGUAUUAGAUUCUACGGGGCAGCCUUCGAUCAGACAACCUAAGUGGCGGCAUUGGCUGCUUCUCCUUGCUUUCUCAUCUAGAUCAGUUACAGCCAUUUGAUUCCUUAAUUCUUUUGUCAAGUCUUCCAGGUGUUGGUUAGUUUAGCUACUAUGUAACUUUUUCAGGGAAUCCUUUAAGCUUUAUUCAUUCAUGCAAUACUAGAGAGGGGUAAGGAUACCGCAACCUCGUGCUGGCUUUGAACAAUUGAACACUAAUGAAGGACAAAUGAACCCUGAAGGAAGAUUUUUAAAAAUGUUUCGUUUCUUCUUACAAAUGGAGAUUUUUUUGUACCAGCUUUACCACUUUUCAGCCAUUUAUUAAUAUGGGGAUUUAACUUACUCAAGCAAUAGUUGAAGGGAAGGUGCAUAUUAACACGGAUGCAAUUUAUGUUGUGUGCCAGUCUGGUCCCAAACAUCAGUUUCUUACAUGAGCUCCAGUUUGCCUAAAUGUUCACUGACACCAAGGAUUAGAUGAUACCUACCGUGACACCGAGUGGUCCCAUCCACGAGCACUGCACAUGGGAUCCCUCUCUGUAGAAUUAGCACCAGUACACCUCCCUGCUGGGAGGGACAGUCGCCAUACGGUUUCUAGCUGCCCUCGUGGUUAGGAACAAGAUGCUGCCUGUAUACAGUUACAAACUCUGUCUCAGAAGGAGCUGUGAGCCAAUACCAUUUCAGAGGCAAUAAGGCUAAAUGCCCGAAUUCAAACCAACCAACCAUCAAAGACAGCAGACGCCUGACCAAAUUCUAAAGUCCUGAUCCAUAGGAGUCGAUUCACUUAGGGAUGGUGGUUUAAAUUAACCUGCAGGUUUGUUUUGUUUCGUUGUUUGUUUUCUUACCAAAAGCUAAGCCAAUAGAUGUGCUUUUUCAACAAAUAUGGUCACAGCACGAAGGUCAGUCAGGUUUCAGACUGUAACCAGGUGUAAUCGAAUGAAGAAAUCAGAUGUCCCCUCCCGAAACCUACAGUCGCCGAAUAACCAGAAACCAGUAACCUCCGUAGAACGCUUUACCAAUGGACCACUGUUAGUAGCUGCUCUCUGUAUUCUGUGGACAGUCUUAUUCUAUGUACACAGAUGUAAUUAAAGUUGUACUCCUAACAAACAAAAGAAUAGUUCAGCUUCAAUGUUCCAUGUUUGCUGCGCUUUUCUGAACUUUAUGUUGCAUUCGGAAACUGUCGUCUUGUUCUCGUGGCGUUUGGAUUCUUGUGGUGUGUGCUUUUAGACACAGGGUAGAAGUAGAGACAGUAUUGGAUGUAUACUUCCUCAGGAGACUACAGUAGUAUAUUCUACUCCUUACCAGUAAUAACUAAGAGAUUGAAACUCCAAAACAGUAUUCAUUACGAUCAGACACACAUCAAAAUCAUAAUAAUAUUUUCAAAAAAGGGAUAAUUUCUCUAAUGGUUUAUUAUAGAAUACCAAUGUAUAGCUUAGACAUAAAACUUUGAAUAUUCAAGAAUAUAGAUAAGUCUAAUUUUUAAAUGCUGUAUAUAGGCUUCCACCUGAUCAUCUCUCAGAUGUUGUUAUUAACUCGCUCUGUGUUGUUGCAAACCUUUUUGGUGCGGACUUGCUUCCAAAACUAUUGCUACUUUGUGUGCGUUAAGCAAAAUACCUUGGACUGAGGCUGUCUCAGCGCUGUGCUAGGAAUACUGUGUAUCUAUCAUUAGCUAUAUGGGAAUAUAUCGUAGAUUGUGGUUCUCAGUAGAGAAAGUGACUGUAGUGUGACUCUAGGUAAACCAUCUUUAGCAAUUCAUUCGGAUGGUCAAUAACUUGAAAUUGAUAGCUGUGAUAAGUUAAAAAAAAUUGGCAAAUCCCUGACUAAACAUCCACAGAAAAUACAACUCCUGGGGGGGGGGGAAGGUGCUCAUCCUGUAAGAUUCUUUCAUCAUGUAAGUGUUUGAAACAUUACUUUGCAGAAGGUUUAUGCAGGGUUUAAGUUACUACUACUCAAUCAUGCUAUAUAUACACAAAUGGAAUAUAGACAAUGUAUCCACCGUUUCACUGAGUCACAGAGAAGUAUCUGAGCUUCAGAAGCCAGAGCCCACACGUGAUCAGAUGAGACAGAGGCACAUUUAAAGAACAAGGUACAAUGUAUAGUUCUCCGUUUAGAAGACUUGGCCUUUUAAAACAACAAAGAUCUCACAACUAUGGUGAAAACAACAACAGCUUCAAGUGUGGAUCUAAAGAAAACGCACAGGUUUAGGGUAAAUACCAUUUGUACCUUGCUCAAGCAAAGUUUAUUGUUUUGGUUUUUGUUUUUUGGUUUUUAUUUUUCAAGUUUCCAGCAAGACCGUUUAGUUAAUGCCAGCUGUCAGGAAGAUACCAAGGUGUAUGUUUUAGCCAUGCAAUUUGCAGUUUUAUUUUCCUUUUAGGUUUGUCCUUAUUUAAGGCAGUGCAAUUGUGUUGGCUUCUUGUAGUGACUCUCGUGUUUUAAUCAAGCCAGAUUGUUGUAUUUAUUCCACUAUUUUGCAUUUAAAUGAUGACAUAAAAGAUAUAAAAAAUUUAAAACUGCUAUUUUUCUUAUAGAAGAGAAAAUGGAUGUUGGUGAUUGUAUUUUAAUUAUUUAAGCAUCUCUGUUUACCUGCCUGGGACAACAUUUUAUGGCAGUCUUAUGUGCAAAGAUCGUGAAUGGACAAAACAAAAAAUUAAACUGCUUACAAUGAUCCAGGAGUUGCAUUAUAGCCAGUAGUAAAAAUAAUAAUGAUAAUUAAUAAUAAUUAAUAAUAAUAAUGAAACCAUGUCUAUAGCUGUAGGUGGGCAUCACAUCUGUAAAGCAAUCAAUUGUAUAUUUUUGUGAUGUGUACCAUACUGUGUGCUCCAGCAAAUGUCCAUUUGUGUAAAUGUAUUUAUUUUAUAUUGUAUAUAUUGUUAAAUGCAAAAAGGAGCUAUGAUUCUGUGACUCCAAUCAGUUCAGAUAUGUAACUCAAAUUAUUAUGCCUUUCAGGAGGAUGGUAGAACAAUAUUAAACAAGCUUCCACUUUU